GUGAACCGUGGUCACAUGACAGCGGAGGCCAGGAGAGCAGCUAAACUGGAGAAGAAACUGAAAAUCCUGCUUGGAGGAUUUCAGUCCAGAGCGCUGGGUCUCCUGAAGCAGCACAGCGAACUCUGGGAACAGGUGGAGCAGGCAGCCACAGAGCUCCAGACCUUCACUCAACUGAAGAAACACUCAACUGCUUUUGUUCCAUUGGUCACACAAAUGUUUCAGGCUCUGCGGGAGGACGUGGAGAGGCAGAUGGAGAGAGAGAAAGAACUUCAGCAGAGAUAUGGAGAGCUGCUGAUGGAGAGGGAGUCGCUGCUCAACAGUGCUCAGAAAUACUGAGCAAACUCAUCACAGAGACAUCGACGUCGAACUGACCGCUGCCACGAGUGUUGAACCUUUUAAUUUCCCGCAGCAAAUCCUACAAAUAAGCCCUCCAUGUGCUCAUGUUGUUAAGAUGUCACAGGCUGAGUUUUCGGCAUGCUCAGUGGUCCUUUGUGU